AUGACGGCCAGUGCCAGGGACCGGUGGGACGUGUUGGGGGCACCUUUGGCCUCGGGUCUUUUCAUCUUGAGGGGUGAUGCCGACAAUCGCGACAACCCCGACAAGCGCGACAGCACAUCCGACCCGGUGCAGACACAGAUCGCUGAGCAAGAUGCCGCACCAGUGCUCCUUGCUGUGUUAUCACCGACCACAGCGGGUGCCAGCUUAGAUUCAGCAGGACACGGCAUCCGCGACUUGGAUACUCAUGGCAUUGGGCGCCACUCUAGUGGCCGGAGCCUGCGACACAAGGACAUGAGCAAGCCAAGCUGGACACCUCUUGCUCCAGUGUCUGAGGCCAUGUGCAUGUGCAUGGCCAUGCAGCCCUUCAUCAUGCCGCAUGAGUCGGAAGUUGCUCUGAUCUUUGCUGCCCGGCCUGAGCUUCCCAGGAGACGGAGGAGCAUGAGCUCUUGUUCCAAGCUCUGCUUGUUUGGACUUCUUGCAUCUGGCACACUGCACAAGAGCUUCGUGCCGCUGGGUCGGAAGCCGCUGUUGGGCGCGUCAGUGGCCGCCACGGCGAUUCCUCUUCCAGCGUUCGCGGACUUCGAGAUGCCAGAUCCUGGCUUGGCUCUGUCGGUCAUCGUUGUGGGUGGGGCAUGUGCUGCGCUCUCAUGGGUUGCCGGCCUGAGACCACGCAAGACGGUUGAUGGACGACCUCGCUCCACUUCCCUUUACCGCGUGUUUCAGGCCAAAAUGAGGCAAGGCGAGUUCGCCGAACUGUCCAAGCCGAGAGAUGACGAAGGAGGCGGAAGCUCUCCAUCCGGGCCGGGCAACGCGGAGGAGGAGCUCGAUGCCUUUGUUGAUGCCUACGUGGAUGGGCUUGAAAAUGACAUCGAAGAUUCUGUGGACACAAAGGAAAUCCCAGAGUCUCGUUCCAGAGAGCCAUAG